AUGCCGAUUGAUAUCCUUUCCUCGGCCAUCUUCGAUGGUCCUGAAACGAUCCCCGGUUGGAGCUACAUAAAAACUUACGUUCCAAUUGUCACAGCUUUGGGUGCCGCCAAGUAUUAUUUCGGUGGGUCAGCCAAUACCAGUGACAGAAACAUGCACGGACGGGUUUUUAUUGUCACUGGAGGAACAUCUGGGUUGGGUGCUGAGGUUGUGUAUCAGUUGGCGCAGCGUGGAGCACAGGUGGUGCUCUUGUGUCGACUGGUUCAGGAUCAAUGGACAGUUGACUUUAUUGACGACAUGCGUGAGAAGACCAACAACAAUUUGGUAUUUGCUGAACUUUGUGACUUGCUGCUGCUUCAUUCCGUUCGUCAAUUUGCUACUACAUGGCUUGACAGCAGCACUCCAAGACGGUUGGAUGGUGUAGUAUGCUGUGCAGCCGAUUGCACCCCGCGUGGAAGCGCCCGGAGCGUUACUGUAGACGGCGCUGAGCGUCAGAUGGCUGUCAAUUAUUUGGCUCACUAUCAUCUACUUACCCUUCUCCGACCAUCGAUGCAUGUGCAGCCGCCAGACCGAGAUGUGAGAAUCGUGCUUACAACAUGCUCGUCACAGGCGCUAGGACCAAUUGAUCGAGACGAUUUCUUAUGGGAAAAGCGAGCUUAUCCUCAGAAUGCCCCUUGGAAAGUGUAUGGUGCUUCCAAAUUACUUCUUGGGAUUUUUGGACGACUGUUGCAAAGAGAUUUAUUGGCUUAUGAGAGACCUGACUCGGCACCAUGUAACAUUCAGGUCAGCAUCGUGAACCCUGGUAUCAUGCGCACUGCUUCAACCAGACGUGCGCUUUCUUUCGGAACUAUUUGGGGACUUCUCUUGUAUAUACUCUUAUUCCCUGUGUGGUUCAUAUUCUUCAAGAAUAGCUACGAAGGAGUGCAAUCGGUCUUAUUUGCCUUAUUUGCGCCUGUAUUUGGCCCUCAUGACGGGGGUAAUUUGAUCCAGGAGUGUAAAAUUCUCACCAAGGGACGGGAGGAGUACUACGAUUACGAGCUUCAAGACCAAAUUUUUAAGUAUACAGCCGAGGCGAUCGAUACAAUGGAGCGGAAUUCUGCCAUUGAGCGGAAAAAGGAAGAGAAACGGUUGGGUCUUGAUAAAGUGAACGAGAAAAAGAGAGUAGAUAAGAUGAGAGAUCUUAGCCAGAAGCCCACCACGACUGAGGAGUUGGAACAGAAGCUUCUGGCAAUGCGUGAACUGAUGAAUUUCCCGCUCGGAAACCCAAAGAUUGAAGCCGAAGUUUUGGCACAAGCAUCGGGAAGAGAGACCAAGAAGAUUCAACCAAAGAAGAAGGGCAAACGGAAGUUGUAA